CCCACUCAAGUGAGAGUUCAAGAGCCACUAUGAUUCCCCCCGUUAAGUGUUCAUCGCCACCUUCCAAUCCGCCGCUCGAGCUGUCCGCGCAUUGAUCAGCUCCGCCGCGAAGGCCGAAGGGCCCUCCGCCAUUCCCCGAUUCUCUCUCGCCCGGGAUGGGGACAGUAAAGAAUAGGGACACCUACUGUGGAAACACACCUUUUUCUCCAGUUAUCCCAUGUGGUGUUUUAGCUCACAGAAACUUGGGGAAGAACAAUCUUGGCGGUGUAAUCUUUGGUUGCAAGGAGAACAACUUGAAGGAAUGCCUAUCCAAGCAACUAUUUGGCUUACCAUCUUCGCACAUUGCUUAUGUCAACCAUAUUGAACCUGGCUUGCCACUAUUUUUAUUCAACUACUCAGACAGAAAACUUCAUGGAAUUUUUGAGGCCGCAAGCCGUGGUCAGAUGAAUAUCGAUCCUUAUUGUUGGAGCACUGAUGUUUUAGAGAAGACUCCUUACCCGGCACAGGUUCAAAUUCGUAUCAGGAUGCAAUGCCAGCCCCUGCAUGAAGAUCAGUUCAAGCGAAUAAUUGCGGACAACUACCAUACAUACAACCAUUUUUGGUUUGAAUUGGACCAUGCUCAAACAAGUAAAUUGAUAUCCCUAUUUGCAUCUUUAGCGAUCGCUCCAUCAAUUCCCCAGUGUAUAAUCCAGAGGAGAAAACUUUCACAACCUCUUUCCACUGAGGAAACAAGAGGAGAAUGGGAAAAAAUGAAGCAUUUUACUUCAAAGGCAAAAAAGCUCGAGCACUCAAGUGGGAGAUCUGAUUCUGCAGAUCCUUACCUUUCUGUUGAAGUAGAUGAUCAGCUAUUUGAAGGUUGUGCAAGUAUGAAGCGAGAUGGAGGAGAUGAGGAAGAUUCAAUAAUAAUGAAGCUGAAAGAAUUGGCCCUUAGCCAGGAAUAUUGUGAUUUAGAUAUGAAUCAUUGUUCAGGAGGUGGUUCUAGUACUGAGGGCAUAAAAUCCGAAGAAAACAGCUUUGUUGAGGCACCAGUGGGCCCAGAAGAGAAGAAAUUACGGGAUUCUCAUUCCUCUGGAGACCUAGAAGAGAAGAAAUUACAGGAUAUUUAUUCCUCUUCGGAUUAUCGUCUUACCAUUGCCCAGUUGGUUCAGGAAUUGGGAGAGCUCAAGGACUUUAAGUUGGAACAAACUCAAAAGAUGAUUAAAUUGGAGCAGAAGCUGGAUUGGGCAGAAAACGAAAUUUGUUAUCUGAGGGAUCACUGUAACUUGUUGGACUCUUUGUUGAAAUCUUCAUCGCAUAGUUCUGUUCCUGAAGAAAUCCAAUCUUCUGAGGAACUGGAUCUUGAUCUUAAGGAUUCCAUCAUUAUUGUUGGAGGAUAUGAUGGUUCAUCAUGGUUAUCUGCAGUAUAUUCCUAUUUCCCUUCUCACAAUGUAGUAAAAUCUCUUAAGCCGAUGAACUGCAUUCGUGCAUAUGCAUCUGUUGCAAAGUUUAAAGAAGAGCUCUUUGUUUUUGGCGGUGGAGAUGGGGAAUCCUGGCAUGACACAGUCGAAUCAUAUAAUUCAGCUGAAAAUAAGUGGACCGUACAGCCAUCAUUGAAUGCUAAAAAAGGAAGUUUGGCUGGAGCAGUGUCAAUGGGAAAAAUUUUUGCUCUUGGAGGUGGGAAUGGUCAGGAUUGCUUUUCAGAUGUUGAGAUGCUUGACUUUGACAUCGGCAAGUGGAUCUGCACACGGUCAAUGCUACAAAAGCGAUUUGCUCUUGCUGCAGUGGAGCUUAAUGGGGUGAUAUAUGCUACCGGUGGCUAUGAUGGCAAUAAUUAUCUUAAUUCGGCUGAAAGAUUUGACCCAAGAGAACAUUCUUGGACCAAAAUUGGAAGCUUGACCACAAAGAGGGGCUGCCAUUCACUGGUCUCGCUGAAUGAACAACUAUAUGCCUUGGGUGGUUUUGAUGGAAAUUCAAUGGUUGCAAGCGUUGAAGUGUAUGAUCCGCGCCUGGAUUGUUGGAUGGUCGGGGAACCGAUGAAUUGCGCUAGAGGGUAUUCUGCCGCUGCCGUCCUUAAUGAGUCGAUAUAUGUGAUUGGAGGCGUAAAAGAUGAUGAAGGCGUCGUAGACAUAGUUGAAUGUUACAAGGAGGGCCAGAGUUGGCAUAAAACGAUUGUGAGAGACAUUGGGCAAAGGUGUUUCUUGUCUGCCAUUGUCCUGUGAGAGAAGCUUUUUUUUAGCAGAAACGUUUCAUCCUUUUUGUGUUAAUGGGUUGCAGAUAUCUUUUGACACGUGAAGUUGAUCGGUGUUAGAGAGAAACAUUCUGUGUAUUGUUCACAACUAGGGGGAAUAGAGAAAGAUGCAUAGGAAUGUACAGAUGAAUUCGAGCUUGCUCGUAUCACAAGAGGCCUUCUUUUGUUUUGUCGCACUUGUGCUCUUAGUUAUAAAUGAGUGCUCAUACUUAGGGGUGAGCGGUUUCAGGUU